AUGUCCGUUAUUGAGACUCAUCGUAACGAAUCUUCAUACUCACCCUUGAUGGCAAUGAGCCUGAACCCAAGAUUGACUCAUGAGAGGUUGCAAAUCCAUGAAAAGCGCACAGAGAAGACUCUUACCACCACCAACACUUUUCAGAAAAUGACACCGUCGGUCAAUUGCACCGGAAAGCAAGUAACUUCACCCCAAAUUCCUUCAGCCAGUAAUUGUCUUGGAGAACUCCCCACCGAACUCAUCUUAAACAUCAUUCACAAUCUUGCCCACGGACCUGAUCUCGGGUCAAGCCGGCAGCACGAUCGAUUGGCAGCUAAGCAUUCUUCCGCCGAUACCAUCAAAAGGCUCCGUUUGGUCAACAAGCGGUUUUCUGAAAUAUCAAGGUCCGAAUUAUUUCAAUCAGUCAAGAUAGACAAUGAGUUCCAAGGACGAGACUUUGUGAGAUGGUACCAAUCGCUUCAGCCAAAUCAUCGUCCGCGCGUCUCACGACUUUCGGUAGGAAAGGUUCAUGCAGGCAUUAUUGGUCGCACCAGUACUACCAGUACAUCAUUCAAGGUCUUCGAAGAGAUUAUCAUCAUGCUUGCUCCUGGUCUCAUUCAAUUACAAGUAGAAUUUUUGGACUGCUUGGAUUUCUCGCCAACGGCCGUGAAAAACCUUGCACACUGUUGUCGUCUGCAAAUUCUUCAUCUCAAAGUCGCCACUCAGCAGCCAUGUGAUGCCACUCAAUUACCGCAAGAAGGCAACCAACCUCUGGUCAUCAUCCUCGACUUCCUUCGAUACUGUCUCCGCCAACUUGCAAACCCUUCAAUUAAGCGAAACUUCAGUAGUCAAUCAUUGCCCUCAGCUUGA